CGCACGCGCGCGCGCCUGAGACCUGAACAUGGCCGGCUCAUAUGUUGCCUUUGCUCCUCGCUAUCCAAAGCUUGUUCCUAUCACCUCCGGCGACACACCAAAGCCCACUUUGCCAAGCGAACUAGCUAAUCUAAGAAGAAGUACCCAAGGAAGGCGAGAUCGAGAUGGCUAGCUAUGGGGCCUCACUCGGCUCCGUCACGACCUUCAUCCUGCCGAAGAUCUGGUGGGCAUGCUUUUGGCAAAAGCCAGAUCUUCGAGAUGCAGUCGAUUCCUUGAAGCUGCAGCAUAAGCAUAUCCUGGGGAAGAUUCGAGAAUACCGCGCCAUAAGCGAACGUUUCAGCGAUAUUGGGGGAACCCUGGAUGAGCAUAUUGCAGAUCUGAGACGCAUGGCAAAUGAAAUGGAGGACUGCAUAGACAGCUGCCAUAUCGCGGAGGCGACAAGAACGCGUGCAGAGCUUCUUAGAAAGAUUCCUCGUCUCAAGGAAAGAUCCGAAAAACUGGAAGUGGAUUAUAAGGGUCCAGGGAAAUCCACCGGAGGGGAAACAACGACCUCAAGAAAAGAAGCAAGUAAUGGAGCUUCUGGACAUGGGCAAUCAUAUUCUGGAGGUGGCUUCCGAGUUGUAAAACCGUCCUGUGCUGAUCCGGUGGACAUGGACGGUCCAAUCAAGGAACUUCUGGACCUGGUGAAGAAAUCGGAUAGCAAACCGGAAAGUAAGCAGCUCAAGGUGAUCUCCAUCUCUGGCUUCGGUGGCUUGGGUAAGACUCUCCUUGCCGACAAAGUUUACUUCCAUGAAGAUGUGUGCGCGCAGUUCAGGGUGCGCGCUUGCGUCGAGGCCGCGGGAAAGAGCCAUGACCAAGUUCUCGAGGAGAUACUCAAGCAAGUACCCGGGACUAGUGCUAAUGAUGAAGAGAUACCACAAAAUGGCGAGCAAAGUGUGAACGACAAGGGCAAGAAAGUCCAGAUUGAUGGAGUGACACGACAAAAUGGCGAGCCUGGUCAUGGUCAAGCCACACAACCAAGUACUAGCGAACGUCUCAGAUCAUCCCUCAAGAAUGAACGGUUUUUGAUUAUAAUUGUGGACAUCCAAGAGAAUAGGGGCGAAAUAGCGAUAGCAUCUGUUUUAAAGGGUCUUGGUGAUGUGCACAGCAGGGUUAUCGUCACGACAACCAUUCAGAGCAUAGCAACAAGCUGGGCAUCUCCAAACAACCAUUUGUAUCCUAUGAGUACACUUAAUAAAGUCCACUGGGAAGAGCUGUUCUUCAGAGAAUUUGAUGAAGGGAAAUGCAAAAAGCCAUCGGAGAUGGGGCAGUUAAGUUCACUGAAGUCACUUCUGGAGAAAUGUGACGGCCUUCCUCUUGCUCUGAUCAGCACUGCAAAAGUUUUGAGUGGAACUGAACUGGACAAUAAAGCAUGUACAGAAGCCUGGAAGAAGCUUUGUGACAUAAAACAUGACGAAACAAGCACGUUACAGAAAAUGCAACGGGUGCUAGCCAGCACCUGCGCUGGUCUAUCUGGCACUAACGUACCUCCUACCCUCAUUGAUUGCUUGCUCUAUUUCAGCAUGUUCCCACCAAAUCAUCAUGUCAGGAAGAAUUCUCUAAUAAGGCGAUGGCUGGCUGAAGGAAUGAAACACAAUGUUGACAGGAAGGAAUUUAAUUUAGAAGAGCACAUUGAGUGACUCAUCGACCGAAGUAUCAUUCAGCCCAUGGAAGUGAGCACGCGGGGUGACGUGAAGGGAUGCAAAGCUUCUAGUCUAAUGUACGAGUACAUUUUCCACAGAUCUAAGUCUGAGGAAUUCAUGGCAGUGCUCUCUGAUGUGAUGGACAAUGGGUUUGAACGAAAGGGAUAUGUCCGCCGGCUUUCUAUCCAUGCUACAGAAACUGGGAUUGCAGAAGAGAGAUUGCCCGAUGAUUUAUCCCAUCUCCAUACUCUGGCGGUAUUCGGCACUGAGAAGCCAGAAGUUACGAAGGAUCUUGCCAAUGGUUUGUUUGGGAACAAAGGGGUUCUUGCCAAGUAUAAAAUACUUCGGGUGUUGGAUUUGAAAGAAUGUGCCGGUAUGAAAGGAAAACAUCUUCAAACUAUAUGUGACCUGUUGCUGCUGAAAUAUCUGAGCCUCGGGGACAGUAUUGUUCGGGUUCCAAGGAAAAUAGCGCAGCUUAAACUGUUGGAAACACUCGAUCUAAGCAGAACCAAUGUAGUGACAGUGUACAUGCAAGUCUUGGGGCUCCCCAGUUUAACGCACCUUCUUGGGAAAGUUCGGUUGUCCAAAUGGGACUGCAUAUUCAGAAUGGAAAAGCUGAAAAGGUUCGUGAGGAAUAAAUGUAAGUUGGAUACCCUUGGAGGAUUCACCACCGGCAAGAGCGAAGCAUUUCCGCAACUGAUAGGUCAUAUGCGGCAAUUGAAUAAGGUGAAAAUAUGGAUCCAUCCCGCCGCUGAUACCAGAAACUUGGAACAUCUAACAGAAGGCAUCAAGGAAUUCAUUAGAAAAAGCAGGUUCGAAAGCAAUGUUGGUCGCUCACUAUCAGUUGACUUCUCAGAAUGCGUACAUGAACAUGCAGAACGAUCCUUGGAUUUCCUUAAACAAAAUGUGAACAUUCCAGACAAUAAUACCCAAGGGGCUCAAAUUACACAUGAAGGAGAUGCAAAUCAAUGUCUCGGAAGCAAUGCUGGCAGUACGAGCAAUCAAAUCAUGAAUAUCAAAAACAAUAUCCAAGAGCAGCAGACAGAAGAAAUACAAGAGCCCAAACAAGGUGCCCCCUCUGACUCUGAGGAUGCCUGUUCCAGAAAUGAAACUGAGAUGAUGCAAAACCAUCAGAAUAUCCGAGAAGGAUAUGACAAAUGCCCCAACAAGCUUUCCUCGCUCAAACUUUGUGGCAAGCUGACAAAAUUCCCUCUUCAAUUUGUCACAGAGAUUGCUGGUAUUGAGAGGUUGUGCCUUUCAUCUACAGGUCUGUCUGGGGAGAAUAUUGCAUACGCUCUAAGUGAAUUGCCCGACCUGUUUUAUCUAAAGCUGCGUGAAGAUGACUUAAGUCUCCUCGACCUGCAAAAUAAGCAAUUUCCGAGCCUCCGGCGCAUUUGCUUUUCUGUGAAAGAUGGUAAUCUGCCGCGCCCAACAAUCAUCAAACACUUCCAUAAUCUUCGCGAAGUGUAUCUGUAUGCUAAUCUGAAUUAUGAAGAAAGGCGCAGCUGGAAAGCAGCUUCAGAGAGUCAUCCUGAAAGGCCAAGGGUUUAUUUCGCCGAAAGCACAUGCAAGGGAACUUCUUCCGAGGCUGUGACCCAAAGCCAGUAAUGAACAUCCUCCGCUUCACGCAAGAGAUGAGGCAAAACUGUGUGCCACCAACAUGAAGAAUAUUUUCAGUUUGAUGCGCCGAUGCACCAAAAUGACACUUCAGUUCAUAUUUACUCUUCAAGUUUCUCUCCUAAAGUUUGUUGCUGGUCAUAUUAAGCAUGGUCAUGUUGUUGCAUUUACCUUAUCCAAAUUGCGUAUGCAUUUGUUAUUGUUGUA